AUGUCGUUAAGCCCAAAACACACAACGCCCUUUUCCGUGUCUGACAUCCUGAGCCCCAUCGAGGAGACCUUCAAGAAGUUCGGCGGCGCCAUGGACGGCGCGCCGCCGGGACUGGGGACGCCCCUAGGGGCUGCAACCGCCGCCGCCUACCGCGCGCCUGCACCGGGCCCCGCAUCUCAAGCGGCAGCGGUGGCGGGCAUGCAGCCGCCACACGCCAUGUCGGGCCACAACGCGGCAGCUGCUGCGGCGGCGGCGGCGGCAGCGGCGGCCGCCACCUACCACAUGCCACCCGGCGUCUCUCAGUUCCCGCACGGGGCCAUGGGCGGCUACUGCAACGGCGGCCUGGGCAACAUGGGCGAGUUGCCCUCCUACACGGACGGUAUGCUCGGCGGCGCGGCGGCCGCGGCCACCGGCUGGUAUGGCGCCAACCCGGACCCACGCUAUUCGUCAAUCUCCAGGUUCAUGGGGCCGUCGGGAAGCGUGAACGUGGCAGGCAUGGGCUCGCUGACGGGCAUCGCAGAUGCAGCCAAGUCUCUGGCGCCGCUGCACGCGACAGCGCCGCGAAGGAAACGCCGCGUGCUCUUCUCUCAAGCGCAAGUCUAUGAGCUGGAGCGGCGCUUCAAGCAGCAGAAAUACCUAUCAGCACCCGAACGCGAGCACCUGGCCAGUAUGAUACACUUGACGCCGACGCAGGUCAAAAUCUGGUUCCAGAAUCACCGCUACAAGAUGAAGCGGCAGGCCAAGGACAAGGCAGCGCAGCAGCUGCAGCAGGAGGGAGGUCUGGGUCCCCCGCUGCCGCCGUCGCCGCGCCGCGUGGCCGUUCCUGUGCUGGUCAAGGACGGCAAGCCGUGCCAGAAUGGCGCCGGCACGCCGACGCCGGGCCAAGCCCGCCAGCAGCCACCGGCCCCGACGCCAGCGCCCGAGCUCGAGGAGCUGUCACCCAGUCCUACAGCUCUUCACGGGCCCGGCAGCGGCCUGGCGGCCCUGGACUCUGCCGCGGGGGACUAUGGCGGCGGCGUACUUGGCACUAACCUGCUCUAUGGCAGGACGUGGUGA